AUGGUCCGAAUGCGGCCCGAUUUGCAGUGUUUUAACCCGAGGGACUAUCAAGUGAGCCGGGGAAUUUGGAUUUUUGGAUUAAAAGACAACAUUUUUCAGGUAGAACUCUUGGAUAAAGCCUCGAAAAAGAACACGAUAGUUCAACUGGGCACAGGAUCCGGAAAAACGUUCAUCGCCGUGCUCUUAUUGAAGGAAUAUGGAGUUCAAAUGUUCGCUCCGCUGGAAAAUGGCGGGAAAAGAGCAUUUUUUGUGGUUGAAAAAGUCAACCUAGUGGAGCAACAGGCCGCCCAUAUCGAGGUACACACCAGUUUCAAGGUUGGACAAGUCCAUGGGCAGACCAGCAACGAGUUGUGGAAGAGCACAGAGACUUGUGAUGAAUUCAUGAGGCAGAAUCAUGUCGUCGUCAUCACUGCUCAAUGUCUUCUGGACCUUAUCAAUCAUGCCUAUGUCCGUCUUCAGGACACGUGUGUCUUGAUUUUCGACGAAUGCCAUCACGCCCUGGGAUCCAAACACCCGUAUCGGCUGAUUAUGUCGAAGUACAAGGAGUUGAAGAAGGCCGGAAUGCCAGUGCCACGAGUUCUGGGUCUCACCGCGAGUCUGAUCAAGGAGAAAGUGGCGCCCGACAAGUUGUCUGAGCAAUUGAACAAGCUGGAGAAUGUGCUGGAUAGUGUCAUCGAGACGGCCAGUGAUUUGGUGUCGCUCUCCAAAUAUGGCGCCCGCCCGUUCGAAGCAAUCAUUCUAUGUCGAAAUUUCGAAGCGGACCAACUCCGCCUUCGAAACUACGAGACCAUCAGAGAUCUGCUCAAGGACACUGAGGACUUUGUGAAUCAAACUUCCGUAUUCCAUCCGGAUUUGGAUUUGGAUCCACGUCGAUCGAUUCGAGACUCUCUUAAAACGACAAAGGCGGUUUUAAGACAGCUGGGACCGUGGGCGGCAUGGAAGACGACUCAAAUGUGGGAGAAGGAGCUGUCAAAACUGACGAAGACGAAUAUUCUACCCGAGAAGGCGUUGACUUUCCUGAAUUUGGCACGGACGACAAUGAUUACGAUCAAGAGACUCUUGGAACCGGAGAUGCGCGAAGUGAGAAGCCUGGCGGACCUUCAGAAAUUCGUUCCACACCGAUUCGUUCGAAUUUUCGAGAUUUUGGAGAUGUUUCAGCCGGGAUUCCAGACGGAACGACUCAGAAAAGAGAAACCAGAGAACCUUUCGGCUAUCAUUUUUGUGGACCAGAGAUAUAUUGCCUACUCGUUGCAUAUAAUGAUCAAGGCGAUUCGUUCGUGGGAGCCGAAAUUCAAAUUUCUGAACUCGGACUACGUCGUUGGCGCCAGUGGACAGAAUUUGGCGAAUUCCGAUAAUCAGGGAUUGCAUAAGAGACAGACGGAUACCCUGCGCCGUUUCCACAAAAGCGAGAUCAACGUCCUCAUCGCCACAUCAGUCCUGGAAGAAGGUGUCGACGUCAAACAGUGUAACGUCGUCAUCAAAUUCGACCGUCCACUCGAUAUGCGUAGUUAUGUGCAGUCGAAGGGUCGUGCACGAAAACCCGGCUCCACAUACGUCGUUCUAGUCGAUCAGAAGGAUGUGACGGCGUGCGACGAUGAUUUGAAGAAUUUCCAGCAGAUUGAGAAGGUUUUUAAAGCUAUUUUUGGCCAAAAACGAGCCAAAUUUCGUUGUUCUUGGGGAAUUUUUGACUCCAAAAGUCCCAUUUUUCAUCCAAAAAUCCUUCUCAGCCGCCAUCGAACCGUCAACAAUCCCACUGAGGACGAUUCUGGAGACUUCAAUCUAGAUGACGUAGAUCUAUUGAUGGCUCCAUAUGUGGUAGAAUCCACUGGCGCCGAGUUGAAGCUUUCUAAUGCGAUUGCACUGGUUAAUCGGUACUGCUCCAAACUCCCAUCGGACAUUUUCACUCGCCUCGUCCCGCACUCCCGAAUAAUCCCAGUUGAGGAUCGAGGCGUCACCAAGUACUGUGCAGAGCUCCUUCUCCCAAUUAACUCUCCAAUUAAGCAUGCAAUUAUCCUAAAGGACGCCAUGCCGAAUAAGAAGAUUGCUCAGAUGGCAGUGGCCCUCGAGGCGUGCAGACAGUUGCAUCUGAAAGGAGAACUCGAUGAUAAUCUAUUGCCGAAGGGUCGAGAAUCGAUUGCUAAGCUUCUGGAGCAUAUUGACGAUGAGCCGGAUGAGUAUGCGCCGGGGAUGACGGCGAAAGUGGGAUCGUCGAAGAGAAAGCAGUUGUAUGACAAGAAGAUCGCUCGCGCCCUCAACGAAUCCCUCAUCGAGCCCGACAAAGACUGCUACAUUUACGCAUUCGAGCUGGAAUGUUUCCGAGAACCCGAACCCGUCGCCAAUCCGAAACGCCGAAAAUUCCAGAAUCCCACAGAAUACGAGUACUGUUUCGGAUUCCUCAGCACCAAGGACAUCCCCAAGAUUCCCCCAUUCCCUCUAUUCCUGCGUCAGGGCAAUAUGGAGGUCCGUCUAACAGUGGCUCCAGAGAAGACACGUGUCACCGAAGAGCAGUUGGAGCAAAUUCAAUACUUCCACAACUAUCUCUUCACUCAAGUCCUUCAAAUGUGUAAAACGGGAAAUUUAGUCUUUGAUGCUACUGUCAAUGCGCCUUUAAACACCCUGAUUGUCCCGUUGAACAAGUCUAAAGAAGGCACCUACUCAAUCAAUAUGAAGUACGUCACAGAAGUAGUUGCCAAUAUGGAGAAUAUGCCACGUGUGCCGACAGAAGACGUUCGUAAGGGAUUCAAGUUCAACGCCGACGCCUACAAAGACGCAAUUGUGAUGCCUUGGUAUCGAAAUGUCGAGCAGCCGGUGUUCUACUACGUGGCGGACAUCCUGACGGACCUCCGACCGAGUUCGCAGUUUCCGGAUUCGAAUUUCAGGACUUUUAAUGAGUAUUUCAUUAAGAAAUAUCAUUUGGAGAUUUACGAUCAGGAUCAGUCGCUGUUGGAUGUCGAUUUUACGUCGAACUUCUUCUCCUCUUCAGUCAAUGCGGAUUCUGGUAGUGGAGCUGCUGCUGGUGCUGGCGUCUCUGUCAUCGGAGCCAACGACGCUCCAGGAGCUCCUGGCGGUCCGACCGGAUCGAAUACUCGGCCAACCCGCCUGAACCUCCUACUUCCACGUUCGCAACCGCAACCCCGCCGUGCCCGAUCGAACAGUGCCUCUUCAACGACCUCCAACCCAGUAACACCAUCUGAAUCGCGAGAAUCCCAAGCAUCUGGAGGACAUCACUCUUCUCAACGACAGAUUCUCGUUCCUGAGCUAAUGGAUGUCCAUCCGAUAUCCGCGACUCUUUGGAAUGUGAUCUCAGCGCUUCCGAGUAUCUUUUAUCGAUUGAAUCAACUUUUGCUAUCCGACGAGCUGCGAGAAAUCAUCCUCCAGAAGGCAUUUGGGAUUCAGACGUCACGACUUCAGAAUUCGCUAGAAUGGAGUUCGUUGGCCUAUCCGACGGCCUACGAGGAGAAGCAAUCGAUAAUUGUGAAGCGGAUACAACAACUGAGGGAUUUGAAUCAGAAGGCGUUGGAGGAGAAUGAGAAGGGGCCGGAGGAGAAGAAGGGGAAGAAGAAGGUGGAGGAUAAGGAAGAAGAGUUUGCCUUUACGAUUGGGGUGUGGGAUCCAGAGGAGGCUGUGAAGAUUGGAGUGGAUAUGACGAGUACGAUGAGAGCCGAGGAGGAUCAGGAGACGAUUGGAUUGACGCAAGGCCUCCACGACGGUGAGAUGUCUGAUGAGGAUGAUGAUCUUCCAUUUGUGAUGCACGACUACACGGCUCGUCUAACCGCUGCGAACAAUAAAGGACUGAGCAAUCCACAAUGGGAAGACGUUGUGGAGAUUGUGCCAACUGGUUGGGGAGAUGAUGAUGGGCCAGGUUCAGGCGGUCCAGACGACAAUGAGCUGCCUUUCAAUUCUGUAAAUUCUCAAAAUAUGAAAUUCCAGCAAAUAAUUGGCGGCACCACUGGCGGUCUCAACAUGCAAGCCCUCAUGGCCGACGUUGGCCGAGUAUUCGAUCCGGUCGGACCGCCAGGAGCUCCUGGAGCGUCGUUGGCUCCGAUGACAGAGACGCCAGCACCAGCAGCAGCUCCACUACCAGAAUCCGCAUUGACUGAAGAGGAGAAGAAGCUGAAAAAGAUUCAGGAGGAACUUCUGGAGAAGGCAAAAGAGCGGUUAGAAGCAAUGGAGAUGUCUGAGGAGCGAGAGAAGCCACGGAGAAUUGAGGAGACUGUGGAUUUGGAUGAGUUUGCGGAGAAGGAUGCGGUGGAGGAAGAAGAAGAUGAGGCUCUCGAUUUCCCCCGUACCAUGGAUGAUGAGAUUGAGGAGCUCAAUCUAGGAGCUCAAAGGAAGCAGGACCUAGACGAUACCACUGUCAAAACCGACGCAUCGGAUCGGUCUACGUGUCAAGUGCUUCCAACGGCGGCGAUGGAUGUUCCACCUCGACCAUUCUCAUUUGAGAAGGAGAGUCAGACGAUGCAUGGAAGAUUGUUGAAGGAGAGGGAGAAGGAGAUAGUGUCGCAUACAGAUGAAGACGUUGGGAUGGGAGUGUCGCCGUGUCUGCUGUUGACCGCGUUGACGACGUCGAAUGCUUCGGACGGAAUGUCCCUGGAACGCUUCGAAACGAUCGGAGACUCGUUCCUGAAGUUCGCCACCACCGACUAUCUCUACCACACGCUUCAAGAGCAACACGAGGGAAAAUUGUCGUGGGCGCGGAGCAAGGAAGUGUCCAACUGCAAUUUGUAUCGUCUCGGCAAGAAGUUAGGCAUCCCACAGCUGAUUGUAGCCAACAAGUUUGAUGCACAUGAUUCGUGGCUGCCACCGUGCUACGUGCCAACUUGCGACUUCAAAGCACCGAACACCAGUGACGCCGAGGAGAAGGACAAGGAGAUGGAGCGAAUUUUGAGUGGACAGACGAUCGAGGAGAAGCCAGAAAACAAGACUGGCUGGGAUCUAGGACAAGACGAGGCCAAGAAGACGGUCGAUGGCAUAGAGACAAUUACGUUUCAGAAGCAAACCCGAAUUCUCAACGAGGACAUCACCCCACUACCGUAUAACCUGCUGACCCAACAGAAUAUUUCCGAUAAGGCGAUUGCCGAUGCUAUGGAGGCGUUGAUUGGGGUUCACUUGUUGACACUAGGCCCAAAUCCGACGUUGAAGGUCAUGAACUGGAUGGGACUGAAAGUGAUCCAGAAGGAUCAGGCGACUGACGUUCAGCCGCCACUGCUCCGUUUCAUCGACACACCGAUCAAUCCGGACGCGUCGACGAAGGCGCUUGACAAUUUAUGGCAACAAUUCCAGUUUGCGCAGUUGGAGGAGAAAAUUGGCUACCGCUUCAAGGAUCGUGCCUACCUGGUCCAGGCCUUCACCCACGCUUCCUACAUCAACAAUCGUGUCACCGGAUGCUACCAGCGGCUCGAAUUCCUUGGAGACGCCGUUCUAGACUAUAUGAUCACUCGAUACUUGUUCGAAGACGUCCGUCAGUAUAGUCCCGGCGUGUUGACGGAUCUCCGAUCCGCACUCGUCAAUAACACGAUUUUCGCGUCGUUGGCUGUGAAGUUCGAGUUUCAGAAGCACUUCAUUGCCAUGUGUCCAGGACUUCAUCAUAUGAUUGAGAAGUUUGUCAAGCUAUGUGGUGAUCGUAGUUUUGAUACGAAUUUCAAUACGGAGAUGUACAUGGUGACCACUGAAGAAGAAAUAGACGAAGGCCACGAAGAAGACGUCGAAGUCCCCAAAGCUCUUGGAGACGUGUUCGAAUCAGUCGCCGGAGCCAUUUACCUGGAUUCAGGACGAAAUCUGGAUACCACGUGGCAAGUUAUCUAUCAUCUGAUGAAAGGAACCAUCGAGACGUGCUGUGCGAAUCCGCCACGAUCGCCGAUCCGAGAGCUCAUGGAGCUGGAGGGAACGAAGGCGAGAUUCAGUAAAAUGGAGAGGAUUCUGGAGAGUGGAAAGGUGCGGGUUACGGUGGACGUUGGGAACAACAUGAGGUUCACUGGCAUGGGACGGAACUAUCGGAUAGCCAAGGCGACGGCGGCGAAGAGAGCGUUGAAAUACCUCCACCAAAUGGAAGAACAACGUCGACUGGCCCUCACCACGACUUCCCAGGCCUAA